AUGGCACCACAAUCUUCGACCCCGUCUCCGCGUCGAUUUCUUUUGACGAAAAGACCUCAGGGCCAUACCACGCCAACUCCUUCGAAGUUAUCGAAUCAAGUGUUACAGGAUGCAUCUGACUCUAGCACACCUCGGCCAAUGUCUGGUCCUUCACCGUCACAAUUCGCUAGAGUGCCUCGAUUUGCUAUGUCUACUGCAAGACGAGCCUCAUUUCCUCCACGAUCACCAUCACCUGCGAAACAGCAGCACUCAGCUCUCGGUGUGGUCCAUGGAAACGCGCGCGAAUUACCUCGAGAACCUAUCACCAUAGCUGAUGACGAUGAAGAGAUGCUCGAUACAGAACAUGCAAAUCUCGACUUCGCAGCUUUGACGCAGCCUAUCUCUCAGGACUCUAUACCAGAACCUGAGCAGGGAGCUUACCUUACAUCUUACACGCCAUCAUCGCCCAAACGACGAAAAGUGGAUAUCGGCGAUCUGGCAUCGACCCCACAGCCGACUCCAGGCCGGUUGGUAAUAUCUUCUUCCGGCACGACCCGGAUGAUGUUUACACAAGCAGAUGGGGAGACUUCAAGCAGCAGCAGGCCUGCUUUCUUGAUGGCAUCACUUCCACCGCCAGAAUCGGUCGCACCUCUACCAGACGCCUUUUCGCCUCGCAGAAGGGGCCAGAAGUAUGUUCCUGGCGGUCUCGCGUCAGAGUUGCAGUCUUGGGUCAUAGAGGCAGUACAGACUGCAUCUCAAGGUAGACCUCGAAUCCUUCAACAGGUCGAUAACUCGGUACACGUUGUGAGUGUCGAUGGAACCAAAGGGAAUGGCCCGGUGUUCGCCCAUGGCACAGCAUCUGGUGGGAGGCCUGCGAAAGUGCUGCUCAUCGAUGGUCAAGCAAACCAGAAGGCAGGAAGAGUCAAAGCAGGGGACCAAGUAAGCAUCCGACAGCCAACAUGGGAUGUCCAAGUAGAUGGAGAAGCAUGGACGGUAGGCGUUGACUGGAGAACCAUGAAGAUCUGA